AUGAUCUUACUCUUGAUCAGGAGAUCAAUCUUACUAGGGGGGGGGGGUAGUGUUACGAUUACAGCUCACAGCUUGUCACAGCUUGUUAUGGUUGUUAUGGUUGUUAUGGUUGUUAUGGUUGUUAUGGUUGUUAUGGUUGUUAUGGUUGUUAUGGUUGUUAUGGUUGUUAUGGUUGUUAUGGUUGUUAUGGUUGUUAUGGUUGUUAUGGUUGUUAUGGUUGUUAUGGUUGUUAUGGUUGUUAUGGUUGUUAUGGUUGUUAUGGUUGUUAUGGUUGUUAUGGUUGUUAUGGUUGUUAUGGUUGUUAUGGUUGUUAUGGUUGUUAUGGUUGUUAUGGUUGUUAUGGUUGUUAUGGUUGUUAUGGUUGUUAUGGUUGUUAUGGUUGUUAUGGUUGUUAUGGUUGUUAUGGUUGUUACGGUUGUUACGGUUGUUAUGGUGUAG